AUGCCCAACAUCCCUCUGCCUGCUAUCAUUGGUGCCGUUGUCGUCGCUCUGUCGGCUAUGUACUUUAUCUUUGCCGGCGAGUCGUCGGCUCCUGUGCUGCACCCCACUGAGUAUCGCACGUUCACUCUCACUCAGAAGACGGUACUGAGCCACAAUUCGGCCAUCUACCGCUUCAGUCUGCCCAAGAAAACUGCUUCUUUGGGCCUACCAAUUGGCCAGCACAUUUCCAUUUCGGCCAAUAUUAAUGGCAAGGACAUUGUUCGCUCCUACACGCCUAUUUCCUCCGACUCCGAUAAGGGCUAUUUUGAUCUCCUUAUCAAAGCGUACCCCACCGGCAACGUGUCCAAAUACAUUGCAAACCUCCGUAUUGGCGACACCAUCCGGGUCCGAGGUCCCAAGGGCAACUUCAGCUAUGUCCCCAACAUGUGCAAGCACCUCAACAUGGUGGCCGGCGGCACGGGCAUCACGCCCAUGUACCAGAUCAUCAAGGCGAUUGCCACCAACCCAGAGGACAACACCACUGUUGACCUUAUUUUCGGCAAUGUCACUGUCGAGGACAUUCUUCUCUACGAGGACCUCAAGCGCAUCGCGGCCGAAAACGCCAACAUCCGCAUCCACUACGUCCUGGACAACCCCCCCGCAGAGUGGGAGGGCUCCCGCGGCUUUGUUACCAGCGACAUGAUGGCCCAGCUUCUCCAGAAGCCCUCGACGGACUCUAAGCUGCUCGUGUGCGGCCCGCUGCCUAUGGUUUCGGCCAUCAAAAAGAACGCCGUCGAACUCGGGUGGGAAAAGGCUCGGGCGGUCUCCAAACUAGAAGAUCAAAUCUUUGCUUUUUAA